AUGGCUCAUUUCUCCACCCCCACAUCCCGCUGGGCAGCCCUCACAUCCCGCAACCCCCUCGCCUCUGACGCGUUUAUCUACAGCGUCCUCAGCACCAAGAUCUACUGCCGCCCAACCUGUCCCUCGCGUCUCGCACGGCGCGCAAAUAUCGUUUUCCACGACUCGUGCACCGAGGCGGCCGCUGCCGGGUUCCGGCCUUGCAAGAGAUGUCGACCGGAAGUGGAGGGCGGAUCUCCAGGGGAUGGGCAGAAGGUAUUGGUGGCGAAGGCGUGCGGGUUGAUUGAAAACGAGGGUGUGAGUGGGAGUGCAGGACUAGGUGUGGGUGUGGGUGUGCAGCUAGAGAUGGAGGUGGAGGUGGGGAAGUGGAGCGUGAGGGAUUUGGCGAGGGAGUGCGGGGUGACGGAGAGUCAUUUCUGUAGGGUUUUCAAGAAGGUUAUGGGGUGUACUGUUGGGGAGUACAGAAAGCAGCUCCAGCUCAAGCAUGCACAAGAAACAUCCCCGGAAGACAUUACAAUCCCACUCCCAUUGCCCGCAACACAGACCAUUAAUCCGAUGAUUCCCAAACCCGAUGCUCUGGUUUCGGAAGGACUCGCUACUACGGGGAGCUGGGAAUUGUCCUUAGCUCAAUAUCCGCUGGAUCCGGACCUUGAUGGGAACUGGUUGUCGUCCAUUGAAGCCGGGGAUUCGUAUGAUAAUCAGCUACUGGAUCUUGAUUUUUCGGACCUGGAUCUCGAGAUGUCGAAUUACUUGUUAGAGAAUAUGGUUUAG